UCUCCAGUCAGGCACAUCCUGUGACCCCCACAUUUCAUCUUCCAUUUUGCGCUCUGUUCUCCCCUGUGCCCCACCGACCAAGUUCUCGGCCUACCCACAACCUAACGAUCUGGUUCUUGCUCUCUCUCAGCUGCCCCCUUCUCCCCACAACCCACUGACCUGGUUCUCUUCUCUUUCCCCAUGCCCCACCCACCUGUUUUUCCCCCUUCUCAGCCUCCCCACACCCAAGUGACCCAGAUCUUGCCCCCCAACCCCAAGAAUGCCUGGCCCGACUCUGCCUUCCCUUCAAUUUGAAGGGAAUGUGGAUGUGGGAAAGAGCAGUGUUAAACUUGACCUUCAAGCCAUAUGAAUAAUGCAGACUAUAAAAUGCGUGGUUGUGGGAGAUGGUGCAGUUGGGAAGACCUGUCUUCUCAUUAGUUACACAACAAAUGCUUUUCCUGGAGAAUAUGUCCCCACUGUGUUUGAUAACUACAGUGCACAGAUGACUGUGGAUGGACGAACUGUAAGCCUGAACCUUUGGGAUACUGCAGGACAGGAAGAGUACGAUCGUCUGCGCACUCUGUCCUAUCCACAAAGUAAUGUCUUCAUUAUCUGUUUUUCUGUUGCUAGUCCUUCCUCCUAUGCCAAUGUCCGUCAUAAGUGGCAACCAGAGGUUUUGCACCACUGUCCAAAUGUUCCUAUACUUUUGGUUGGUACGAAGAAGGAUUUAAGGAAUGAUUCUGAAACCAUGAAAAAGCUCAAGGAGCAAAGCCUCUCUCCAAUAACGAUGCACCAGGGAGUGACCUUAGCGAAACAGAUCAGAGCUGUUAAGUAUCUGGAAUGUUCUGCACUCAAUCAGGAUGGGAUCCGAGAAGUAUUUGUGGAGGCUGUGAGAGCAGUCCUUUACCCUCAUAAGAAGAAGAAAAGUAAAAAUUGUGUACUCUUGUAGCCUGAGGGUGUGAACAUCUUGGUUGCACGUAGAUUGGAAGCAUACUUCGAAGCCAACGUAUCAGCUGUGCUUCAGAAUGCAUUGUGGUGUAACACAAGAAUCUUGCACAAAAUAAGUUUGUAUGACUGAAACUGGAAACUGUCAAAAUGCUGCUUUAUUUGCUGGGUGUUUUUACAGAAAUGCAGACCCUCCAUGAGAUUUAAUCUGAGUAAUGGCACUGGACUCUAGCUUGCAAUCUCUGAGCUGGACUGAAAGCUUGCCUUUUAGAAGCCACUUUAAGGAUCCCCUUUUUUUUAACGGAUCUUCCUUGUGCUUUUUUUUCACAAUUGUCUUUUGGUGAUUUUGGAGGCCGUGGUUUGGCUGCUUUGCUAUUAACAAACAUUUAGACAUUCUGUUCAGUGUUUUGUUUAACAAAUUGGCGACUGCUUUUUUUUCCACUACUCAGGUUUCAAGUUAAUAUUUGCUUUUACAGAUAUUUAAUCAUUGGAUAACAACGCAGUUGAGAUUUCGCACAUUAGCUCUGAGAGCAUAAAUGGGCACGGCAAAUUAUUUCUAUUUAAAACCCUGAAUUGGUAUCUGUUAGUUUUAAUCCAUAUUAAAUAAUGAUAUACAAGUCCUACAAGUGCCAUAUGUAUUGGGACUAUCGAUAUGGUUCUGGCAAAAUAGCACGGUUUUUGCACAAUAUUCGGUUAUUUUGUACAAUAACUGAAAAAUGACAGUAUUCAUUUAAAAAAAAAACUGUCAAACUUAAAUUGGUUAAGAAAAGAUCUCAGAUGGCUCUCCUGUAGUGUAUUUAUGAAAUUGUUUACUGUAGUAAUUGAAUCUUCAAUAGCCCCACAUACAUUGGUACAUAGAAAAGCUGUGGUAAAGUUCACUGGGUUUUGUUGUAAACCAGGUUUUUUGUAUAAAUUGAGUAUUUUGAUCACUUGACAAUUUGAGUUAGUUUAUAGCUCCAAUCACUAAAAUAGAUUGCAUAUGUUUAAACACAUUCUCUGGCAACGUGUCCAUCUUUGAAUGCCAGUCAUAGCUUUACAUUGCACAGCUGUAAGGUCUGACAAGGUACGGAUUCAGGGGUCAUUGUGUUCAGUUUAGACUUGCUUGCAGGUAUGUAAGUAAAUUGCAGAUGGUACUGACAUAGGACAAAGGGAAGUUAACCAAAAACCUACUGACAUUUUCCACUCCAUAACAGCUAAGCUGUUUGAACUGUUGGGGAUCAAGGUCUGAAUUGUUUGCAUCAUAUGUCUAUUUCAAAUAAGUCUCUUCAAUAGAGGUUUUAUUUUUAUAGAAUAGGUGCAGAUCUGUGCACAAAUGUAUUAAAUGAUUUAUGACAAGACCACUUAAAAAACCUAGAUGCUGCUGUUUCUCAAAGCCUGAUCGCUCACUCAUUUUGGGCUUUUCCUAACUAUUUCAAUUCCAACUCAAACAUGGAUAAGUACAUGUGUACUUUUUUUUUACCUUAAAGCCUUACCAUGAAUAGAACCAUCAAAUCUUUUACAUCUUAAUCUGGUUUUUUUUUUGAAAGAUGGUUAACCUCAGCUCUCUCCCUUUGGGAGUCACAAUAUGACUUUGAUAUUGAACUGUUCUGAAAGAAGCUCUUGCAUUGGAGCAUUGUUUUAGAUCUGUUCACUUUUCUUCUCGGGAUAAGCAUGUGACCUACUGACAAUAGCUUGUUGGGAAAAUGCAUUGUAAAGAAAAGCCAGCAGUGGACCAACCUGGACUGGGUACAAAUGAUUGGUGUUUGAGAACAAGUUAAUGGCCUUGGUUGGGAGGAGGCAUGGAGUAUUGAGCUCAUGAUCAAUAUGAGAACCUUGUUUCUCAAGUCACUAAAAAAGAUUCAACACUUUAGUGCUGAGUUUUCUUUGAAAUGAUUUCUCAUCUUUGUUUAAACCAAACUUUGCAUGUACUACAUACUGCAUUUAUUAAUUUGCUAGUAACACUUACUGAAAAGGCCUAUUUGUGUACAUGUUCUAGCCAAAUUAAUUUUAAAAUCUCAUUUGUGAUCCAGUUUGUGCCUAUCAGUUAUUGGAAUUGGUAAAGUGAUGGCUGUUAUGCUGCCAUAGAGGAAAGCACUGCAGCUUUUAAAAGGACUGUGAAGCAUCAUUUUGUCUUGUCAUUAUCACCACACUGUAACCAUGGUCAGUGCUAAAACUGUGCACUAGAAACCUGAAUUAUGUUUUAAAUGUUAAAUUAGGACUGCAAUAUUUUGAGAUGAUUCAUACAAAAAUUGUACUGCUGAAAUAAAAUUUUCAUUUGUUUAUAA